UUUCUGUAACAAAGAAGACUCAUACAUCUCAAAUUGAAAUUAUUCCAUGCAAGAUCUGUGGAGACAAAUCAUCAGGAAUCCAUUAUGGUGUCAUUACAUGUGAAGGCUGCAAGGGCUUUUUCAGGAGGAGUCAGCAAAGCAACGCUACGUACUCCUGUCCUCGUCAGAAGAACUGUUUGAUUGACCGAACUAGUAGAAACCGCUGCCAGCACUGUCGAUUACAGAAAUGCCUUGCUGUGGGGAUGUCUCGAGAUGCUGUAAAGUUUGGUCGAAUGUCAAAAAAGCAGAGGGACAGCCUGUAUGCGGAGGUGCAGAAACAUCGAAUGCAGCAGCAGCAGCGAGAUCAUCAGCAGCAACCAGGAGAGGCAGAACCACUAACACCAACAUACAAUAUCACCACCAAUGGGUUAACAGAGCUACAUGAUGACCUCAGUAAUUACAUUGAUGGGCAUACCCCUGAAGGUAGCAAAGCAGACUCUGCAGUUAGCAGCUUCUACUUAGACAUACAGCCUUCUCCAGAUCAGUCGGGUCUUGAUAUUAAUGGAAUCAAACCAGAACCAAUAUGUGACUACACACCAGCAUCGGGCUUCUUCCCUUAUUGUUCUUUUACAAAUGGGGAGACCUCUCCAACUGUGUCCAUGGCAGAAUUAGAACAUCUUGCACAGAAUAUUUCCAAGUCACACAUGGAAACUUGCCAGUACUUGAGAGAGGAGCUACAGCAGAUAACAUGGCAGACUUUUCUGCAGGAAGAAAUUGAGAACUAUCAGAACAAGCAAAGGGAGGUAAUGUGGCAGUUAUGCGCAGUCAAAAUAACAGAAGCUAUACAGUAUGUAGUGGAAUUUGCCAAACGCAUUGAUGGCUUUAUGGAACUGUGUCAAAACGAUCAAAUUGUGCUUUUAAAAGCAGGGUCUUUAGAGGUUGUGUUCAUCAGAAUGUGCCGUGCCUUUGACUCCCAGAACAACACAGUCUACUUUGAUGGCAAGUAUGCUAGCCCAGAGGUUUUCAAGUCCUUAGGUUGUGAAGACUUCAUUAGUUUUGUGUUUGAAUUUGGAAAAAGUUUAUGUUCUAUGCACCUGACAGAAGAUGAGAUAGCUUUGUUUUCUGCGUUUGUUUUAAUGUCGGCAGAUCGCUCAUGGCUUCAGGAGAAAGUAAAAAUUGAGAAACUCCAACAGAAGAUCCAGCUAGCACUUCAGCACGUCCUACAGAAGAACCACCGAGAAGAUGGAAUUCUAACAAAGUUAAUAUGCAAAGUGUCUACUUUAAGAGCACUGUGUGGACGACAUACAGAAAAGCUUAUGGCAUUUAAAGCAAUAUACCCAGACAUUGUACGACUUCAUUUUCCUCCACUUUACAAGGAGUUGUUCACUUCUGAAUUUGAGCCAGCGAUGCAAAUUGAUGGGUAAACGUAUCACCUAAGCACUUCUAGAAUGUCCGAAGUACAAACAUUAAAACAAAAGAAAGGAAAAGAAAAAAAAAAAAAGAAAAAAAAGAAAGAAAACCAAGACACUUUAUAUGGCCCUGCACAGACCUAGGGAGCCAACACACUGCACAUCUCUUGGCGGUCGGGGUCAGGCGAAGGAUGGGAAACAAUGAAACAAAGUUGAACUUGUUUUUCUCAUGCAUAUGAUUUCCAUUAUGCCUACAAAUAUGGACCCUUUUUCUGUCUCAGCUUCUCAAUCCUUGACCUCUGUUUACACAGACUGAGGGUACUAAUGUCAGAAGGUUGUUUUCUCUUGUAGUUCACUGCCCAGACUUUUGACAGAACAAUCAAUUUGUUGAUCAGAACAGAGAGUCCACCUAGUAAUCGGCGACUGGUGUGCAUUGCAGAGAUUUCAGCAUCAGUUUGCACAACUUGCUCAUUGUUUCAUGAAGGACAAUUUUUUUCACCUACCACUGUUUGCCAGUAGACAGAACGGCAUGAAAAGGGUCCAUAGCAAUAGCAACAAUAGCAUUAUAAUAUAUUACAGGGUAAAUGGGCAUGAAGACUAUAUAUAGCAAAAGAGAUAUUGUUUAUAUAUUGUUUUAAUUAAUAUAAAAUGUAGUUACUGGUAUAGCUUUUCUUGUUGAAUUGAUAAGGCACUUUCAUUUUGCACCUUUUUCUUUAAAUUAAAUGCUAGCGUGUUCAUUGUUGUGUUGCAUGUGCACCAGAAAUUCAAGUUUAACUGAAAAAGGUUUGGCAGGUACUGGUACAUUGGGAGGUAUUUAUGCUGCUGUUUUCCAUGUGACUUUUAAAGAGAGGCUGGUCAUAUCCUGAAAUGGUUACACAGAUUUUUUUAAAGAGUUGAAAAUAAUGACAAUUUUGUAAAUUAAAAUCAGCUUUUCAGCUGUUAAUUUCUAAGGUACUUUUAUUUUCAGAUCUUUCAAACCUGGAUGUUUAAAAUUACGUGCCUAAAUUCAGAUUUAGGUGCGCAAGUCAAAAGCCUCAUUUUCAAAGGUGCUGAGCUUCCGUGGUCAAAGUUAAACUAAGCAAUUACAGAUCAUUUACGAAUGAGUAACAGAGCAUCCUUGAAAAUCAGGCUAUUAAAUAAAGUGUAUUUCUGCCCACCCUAAAUCCAGGUUUGAAGGUAUUUACUCAAGUCUGUAUCUACAGUAAAAGUAUGUGUGUAUGACAUGUAUGUGGAAAGGUAAUUUUGAUACAUAAUGUUACAUACUUUUGUACUCCAUAUCGUAAACAAUGCCUUCAAACUCCAAACUCUAGCCUACCAAAAUCCAUAGGAGGUUUGUCUUUGACUUCAGUGAGAUGAGACACUGACCCAUGUUCUUCCAGCAUCCGGCAGUUCAAUUUCAGGUAGCUGAACAGAGAAGUCCAUUGCUCUCCUUAUUUAAAAAGAUGCACUUUAAAGUUUAUCAGACGAGGACAGACUAACCAAGUAAAGGCACGCUGUUGCUAGAAGGCGUUGUUUUGUGCUCUGUAUAAUGCCUGGAAAUCAUUAGUAUCAUAAAUCUGCAUUCUGUAAUUCUGAAAUUGUGAUUCCCGUAUUGCAUAACCAACCAAUAAGCCGAAUCUUGCAGUCUUUAUUAAUAACCAUUCGCUUUAGGAAGAAUACCGUCUCUGAACAAAUUUGGCAAGUAAACCGAGUUCUGAAGGAAGCAGAUUCACAGUAAAUGACAUCACAAAAUAAACUGUGGCUGUUUGAGCCAGAGGCGCAUACCUGGUUUGGAUGAGAUGAGGAUGUGUAACUGGAUGCCUUGUAGGCCUACACAAAUGAAGUUUCUGAUCAAGUACGUAAGACAAAGCCAGGAACUUUAGAAAAGAAAAAGGAACGAGACAGAAUGCGCUCCACUGCUUUAAUUUCCAAGGAUAAACAACCUCUUACACAUAUUAUAGUUGUUGAGAAGUAACAGAAGUGAAGAGAAGCACACUGAAGCCUAACUACUGUAAAAAGUAGAACUAGGUCAGUGGGGUGUUAUAAGCAAAAUAGAGUUUUAUUCUGUGAUUUGAACACGUUUCCUCUGGGGUCAAAUUGAGACAUUUAGCUGUGACACCUGUUAAAAAUUUUAUAGUCUGCCACAUCAGGGAAGCUUACAGCUAUCACUCAUCUCUAUGGUUUGAAAGGAGGGGGAGACGAGCAUCGUAUGUUUCCCCUUCCAAGCAGGAUGGGAUGGGAACACCUGCACCUCCGUGAGCACUGGGGUGGAGGCAUGAGAGGGCUUUUGGAAAAAGUCCAUAGAGCCAUCCUUUUACUGCUCCAUCCUGCCUGCUCCCGAAGAGGCGGCUCACAGCCCAGCACAUGCUCUCUCCAGCCUCACUGAAACACUUUUCCUAGAAUCAUUGUUUACUUUAUUGGAGUAACUGGCAUGAUAUGGUACUUCAAUUCUAAUGUGUGUUCCUAUUUUUAAAGCAACCCUUUUAACUAACAAACGUUUUCUGAAUGUGACCAGCCUUAGGUGCUAGUCCUGUAAAGAUCAACUAAACUUAAUUUCAGUGUCAACUAAUGAAUAAUGAAGUAAGACCUGUACUUUUUUAGAGAGCGAGAUACAACUCCUACUUCUGACAAUAAGUAGAUUACCAGGCAAAAUAUUUUGGGAUUAAUUUUCAGUCACGUCCUUUUCUUACCUUUUCCUGAUGAAUAUUAGUACUCUACCAGGCAUCUAGGUGCCAGUGGUUUUGUUUGGUAUCUAGUUCAGCGUAUUUACACCCAUAAGUCAUUGACAAUACAGAUUUUUGGAGCAUUUACUAAUAAAAUACAUAACCAUAAAAAGGUUCCAGACAGGGCCUUAGCUGAAAGCCCUUUGCAUCUGAAAACAGCUUGUGACGUGAUCUUCCAGGCCAGAAAGUGCCAUCAUUUUUGUCCGUGGGAGCUCCUGUGUACCGGCACCUUGUUAAAUCAGGCUGUGCGUACAUACUCCAAGUAACUCCGCUUUCCUGAUCACAGUUAACAGCCACUUGGCAGUAGAAUAUUGUUUUUGUUUUGCUCUUCGUAGACAGGGGAAAAAGGGGGUACAGCAUGGCAGGUGUACUGGUAAGACUUCUGGUGCCAAGGAGGGUUUUAUGAAAGGGGACAUAGAAUAACGUUGGAGUGGCUGGUCCAAGCAACGGCCAUUUAAGACCCCAACGCAGCAGAGAAAAUGCACUCUGCAGAACCUCUGGGACUAUGGCCUGGUAUCAGAUGAUCAACCGAAUAUUCAGUUAAAAACAUAUUCGGGGUCAAUGGAUAUGCACGUGAGUAUUUCCAUAAUCUGCCCAGUUCACUACAAACAAAAACAUGAGGAUAGCUGAAGAUAAAGGAAUAAUGUCUUGGGUUUGAAUGAUCUGUUCCUUAAAGUCUGCAAAGAGGUUUUCAUUGGGUGUUAUAUCUAUCUGCAGAGAUGUUUUCUGGCUUUCUAGGAAAGGGAUACUAUACUAUGCUGUCAUUUGAACCACCCUAAUGCACUUCAACAUCUCCAGCAUUGGUUGACGUUUUAAAAACUAUGGGAUUAGGUGAAAAGGGAGGCUGGUUUUAAGUUUGGUUGUUCUUUAUUAAAGCUUAUCUAUCUUAGUAUGGAUACCAAGAUAUCUGUGUGUGUAUGUGCACCUGUGUGUGUGUGUGUGAGAGUACAUUUGUGUGCGCACAUGAAUAUAUGCGUGGGUACGUGUGAGCGGCUGCUUCUAGGCUGUUAAGUGUCAAUGGAAUAAAGAAAAUGUAUUCAAAAUACUUAAGUCAAAAAUAGAAGGUGGAAAAAAGAUUUAUUCUAUACAAAGCCUUGUCUGGACCACUUUAGAGAGACUUCUAUUUUUUUAACCCUUCUAUAAAUGUUUGAUGGCACUUGAAAUAUUCCUGCAAUAAAAUGUGAUUUGUGUAAACAUUAAAAAAAAGAUUUUGUAAUGUGAAACAAUGAAAGAAAGUAAUGUAAUUUUUCUAAAAAACAAAAAAAAACAAACGAACGAACUUUGUAUUAUUUUCUUGAUGGAAUUUGUCUAUUUGUCUUUGGAAAACUUUUUAUUUCAUUGAAUGUGCCAUAGUAGAGGUGUGUUUUUCUUUUUCUUUCUUUUUUUCGUUUUUUACAUUUUAGAUUAAAGGAAUAGCUGUGUUCCGACAUUCCAAAAUGCAAGAUGACAUAGCAGUCAUGAUUAAAAGGUUUGAUUAGUAAGCUUCAAUCAUUGUUGCUUUUUUUGCACAUGUUCUUCAUUCCUCUACAGUGCAAUAUGUACAUAGAGCACUUGCGGGUGUAACCUUGAUCCCUCAGGGAAAAAUACAUAUUUGUACAGGAUUUUUCUUUUUUUGCCUUUUUUUCUUUUUUUUUUCUUUUGCUAAGGAAUGUCGAUUGAAUCACUUGUCUGUUGUUGAGGGGCAGCCAGAUAAUAAUCCUAAGCCACUGUCACAAAACAUUGAUUGUUUAAAUUUUGUUCCCUUUUAUUAUUUAAAAAAGAAAAAUAAAAGUUAUUUUCUGACAGUUCUUUGUGCUGAUUGGUGAAAAAAAGGGUAAAUAGAUAAGCACCUUACGAUUGACUUAACUGUGAAUGACAAUCCAUCUCGUUAUCAACAACAGAAGCCCUAUCAUUUUGGAGCUGGGGUUAAGAGUCAGAAACUAAUGUGCUCAGGGAUCUUCUAAAACUCUUCAACAGGGUGGCCAGUGCUACUGGCGGAACAAAUUACUUAAAAAA